CACAGUCAUGUUAUACACUAGCUCAAGUCAACCUGCAAUUUGGCUCAACAUUUGAGCCAAAAACAAUUCACAAUCGGCGGGGUUGUGUUGCAGAAAUCUUCCUCUAUAAUUUUCCCGUGGACUGAGCACGAAUUUGGAACCCUGGAUGGGAUUUUAGACAUGUUUUCUCACUAAUAAACUGGGCUAGUAAUGCAGGAGACAGAGACUCUGUCAGUGGCUCAAGAUGGCAGAUUUUUAUUGAGUUCUGAACAGAUAUCUUGCUUUAUUUUUUGCCAUGAAUAACAGAAGUCCUUGCACCGAUGGCCCCUGUGUACGAAGGUAUGGCCUCGCAAGUGCAAGUCUUGUCCCCUCACACUCUCCAGUCAAGUGCCUUCUUUAGCGUGAAGAAGCUGAAGGUGGAGCAGAGUUCAUACUGGGAUAUGACAGGGUACGGCACACACAGCAAAGUCGUCUACAACCAGAACAGCAAGCAGCAUUUGUCCCAAGCCACCUCUCUGGGAAUCAACUCCUCUCUGCCCUACGAGCAGCCUGCGCUCAUCUUCCCGGCGAGUGCAGGGAAAAUUGUGGUUGCCUCGGCUAGCAGUACCUCAGGCAUUACAGGGCCUCUGGGGACUCUGUUGAGCUUGGGCGGUAGCGGUAGUGGUAGCGGCGGUGGAGGCAGUAGCAGUUGCGGAGGAGGAAGCGGUGGAGCAGUCCACAACCUGACCCGUCGCAGCACCGUCAGCCUGCUGGACACCUACCAGCGAUGCGGGCUUAAGCGUAAGAGUGAGGAGCUCGACAACAGCAACAGCAGCGUGACGAUCAUCGAGGAGCACGGCGGCAGCACAACGAUGAUCCAGAACGCAGCCAGCGGGGCCACGGUGGCCUUCGCCACGGCAACGGCCACAUCGACAGCCACCUCCAAGAACAGUGGUUCCAACAAUGAAGGGGACUACCAGUUGGUGCAGCACGAGGUGGUCUGCUCCAUGACCAACACCUACGAGGUGCUAGAGUUCUUGGGCAGAGGCACCUUUGGCCAAGUGGUAAAGUGUUGGAAGAGGGGCACCAACGAGAUUGUGGCCAUCAAGAUCCUGAAGAACCACCCAUCGUACGCGCGCCAGGGCCAGAUCGAGGUGAGCAUCCUGGCCCGGUUGAGCACAGAGAGUGCAGACGACUACAACUUUGUGCGUGCCUACGAGUGCUUCCAGCACAAGAACCAUACAUGCCUGGUGUUCGAGAUGCUGGAGCAGAACCUGUACGACUUCCUCAAGCAGAACAAGUUCAGUCCGCUGCCGUUGAAGUACAUUAGGCCAGUCUUACAGCAGGUGGCCACAGCUCUGAUGAAGCUCAAGAGCCUGGGCCUGAUCCACGCUGACCUGAAGCCAGAGAACAUCAUGUUGGUGGACCCCUCCAGGCAGCCCUACCGAGUCAAGGUCAUUGACUUUGGCUCAGCCAGCCACGUGUCCAAAGCCGUGUGCUCCACCUACCUGCAGUCCAGAUACUACAGAGCUCCGGAGAUCAUCCUGGGCCUGCCCUUCUGUGAGGCCAUCGACAUGUGGUCCCUGGGCUGUGUCAUUGCUGAGCUCUUCCUAGGCUGGCCCCUCUACCCAGGGGCCUCCGAGUACGACCAGAUCCGAUACAUCUCUCAGACACAGGGGCUGCCUGCGGAGUACCUCCUGAGUGCAGGGACUAAGACUACCAGAUUCUUCAACAGAGACACAGACUCUACCAACUACCCCCUGUGGAGGCUGAAGACACCAGAGGACCAUGAGGGAGAGACGGUGAUCAAGUCCAAGGAGGCCCGGAAGUACAUCUUUAACUGCCUGGAUGAUAUGGCUCAGGUGAAUAUGACAUCAGAUCUGGAGGGCAGUGACAUGCUGGCGGAGAAGGCAGACCGUAGAGAGUUCAUCGACUUGUUGACCAAGAUGCUUACGAUCGACGCGGACAAACGGAUCACCCCCAUCGAGACCCUCAAUCACCCAUUCGUAACCAUGACCCACCUCCUUGACUUCCCCCACAGCACACAUGUCAAGUCCUGCUUCCAGAACAUGGACAUCUGUAAGCGUCAUGUGGGCAUGUACGACACGGUCAACCAGAGCAAGACCCCUUUCAUCACCCACGUGGCCCCCAGCACCUCUACCAACCUCACCAUGACCUUCAACAACCAGCUCAACACUGUGCACAACCAGGCCACCAACCUGGCUCCCUCCACCACCAGUACCACCCUUUCCCUUGGCAACCCCGAUGUCUCCAUAUUAAACUACCGAUCUGCACUCUACCAGCCCUCAGCGGCCUCCAUGGCUGCCGUGGCACAGAGGAGCAUGCCCCUGCAUCCUGUGGCCCCUCAGCUCUGUGCUGCACGGCCUGACCCCUUCCAGCAGGCCCUCAUCGUCUGCCCACCUGGCUUCCAAGGUAUGCAGGCCUCCCCGUCCAAACACACGGGCUACUCUGUGCGGAUGGAUAACGUUGUUCCCAUAGUGACGCAGGCCCCCGGCACCCAGCCCCUGCAGAUCCAGCCAGGCCUGUUGACACAGCAGGCCUGGCCCAAUGGCACCCAGCAGAUCCUUCUCCCCCCCGCCUGGCAGCAGCUCACCCACACCUCAGUCCAGCACGCCCCCGUCAUCCCUGACUCCAUGACGGCCUCCCAGCCCCUGGCUAACUGGAGGAAUUCUCACCCACACGGCGGCCAUUACAAUCCCAUCAUGCAACAGCCGGCGCUGCUGGCUGGCCACGUCACCCUCCCAUCCAACCACAACCAGCCUCUCAAUGUGGGCGUGGCCCAUGUGAUGAGGCAACCGUCAACCAAUAACAACAACUCCUCUUCCAAAAAGAACAAGCAGCAUCAGAUGACUGCCAGGAACGUGUCUGCGUACGAGGUGUCCUCCUCCCAGGCGGUACAAUCACCACAGCACUCCAAGCGGCUGAAGGAGAACACCCCUCCACGUUGUGCUGUGCUUCAGAACAACGGCCCUUCCUCCGGCUCCAGCUGCGGACCCCCCCUGGGCUGUGGAGGGUGGGGACGGGGCGAGGCAGAGCAGGCCUCCAGCACCACCAGGGACCACCAUCAGCACCACAACGGGCAGCGUCAGACCAUCAUCAUCCCUGAUACGCCCAGCCCUGCCGUCAGCAUCAUCACCAUCAGCAGUGACACGGACGAGGAGGAUGAUCACAAGAAUAGCAACACCAACCAUACUAGCUCAUUCAAGCAGAGGAAGAACGUCAUCAGCUGUGUCACAGUACACGACUCCCCCGACUCUGACUCAUCCAGUAACAACAGUCCCUAUGCAGUAGAGUCCAGGCAGCCCAACAACAACGGCUACCAUGACUCCAAGACCACCCUGCUGGACAACUACAGCAACGGAAACAACCUUCGCUCCAUCAUCAUCCCCCCUCUGAAGAGCCAGUCCAGCGAGGUGCUGAGCGAGUGUGAGCGCCUGAUGCCAGAUGCAAUGAAUCAUCAGAAUUCGGCAUACAAGUUCAAAACCUCCAACGGCGCGGGCAUGGUGUCUGGCAACAACCACCUGUCUGGGGGCGUGGCUUACCGACAGCAGCGCUCAGGGCCAAACCCCUUCCAGCAGCAGCAGCCUCUCAAUCUCAGCCAGGCCCAGCAUCACAUGGUAACUGAGCGGAACGGAGGCCACCGGCGCCAGCAGGCUUACAUCACCCCAACCAUCGCAGCCCAGGCCCCCUACUCCUUCCAGCACCGCAACAGCCCCUCUCACACUGCCAACGUCCACACCCACCUGUCUGCCACCCACCUGCCCGGCCAGCCCCACCUCUACACCUACACUGCCACGCCAGCAGCCCUGGGCUCCACGGGCACUGUGGCCCACCUGGUGGCAACCCCGGGCUCUGCCCGCCACACGGUCCAGCACACCACAUACCACACACCGGGCAUUGUUCACCAGGUACCCGUCAGCAUGGGGCACCACGUGCUGCCCUCACCCACCCUGCACCACAGCCAGUACCAGGCUCAGUUUGCUCACCAGACGUACAUCAGCGCCUCGCCUGCCUCCACUGUCUACACUGGAUACCCACUGAGCCCCACCAAGGUGAACCAGUACCCUUACCUCUAGAGCCAAGCCAACACACUGGAGACCCAGACCCCCAGAUCCAGACCCCAGCAAUGCUGCUGCUGCUCACUCCAUGUCCUCCCUCCCCAUCCCCACUCCACAGACAGAGAGAUAGAGAGAGAGAGACAUGCAAUCUUUAUAAAACUGUCACGUUUACUUGAAGACAUAAUGACAGAGAGGAAAAAGGUAAAUAAAUAGACAGAGAAAGGAGAGUUGGAAUUUCUAUUAUUACUUUUCUUUUCCCAAAAAAUUCUCCAAAAGGGCCAGUUUUGCUUUGUUUUCUCUCUUGGUUUUAUUUCUACUUUCAAAUGAGAGUAAUUUCUCAUUAUUUUAACGCAAGGUCUUCAUAACGGGCCUUUGGGAGAGGUGGAGGCUUUUUGUUCUCCUAAAACAGCUUUUUGUUUGUUUUUGUUUUCCCGUCUUGAAUUGGAAAGGGACUGUUUUAACAAGGGGUCCCUCUCUGGAUGUUGGAAUUCCCAUCAUAAGAAUUCCCAUGAGAAUUCCCGUGAGGAUUUGGGAAUGAAGGUGAAAUACGGAAACCUGCUGCUCUUCAAAGAAUACAACAAAUAAUGAUGGCCUUGAACUGUCUUAAACAUUUCCAAAUCAUUCAAUGUGUGGGGGAGAGAGAACGAAGCAUCCCUCUGCAUCCCACACCCCUCCUUCUCCAGGAGUCAGGAGUCUUCUGGAAAUAUAAUCAACAAAAGACAAAAAAAUAGGUGUUUUCCCUUUGUUUUUUAGUUCUCACCUUUUUGAGAAGACUUAUGUUUUAGCUAUAGGAGUUGUAGCUGGGCCCUGUUUUUAGAAUGUAGCAGUCUGCACCCAGAUUAUUUUAUGAAUAACUUUUUCUGAUACCAAUAGAAUUUAUUUGUUCCUCUUUUUUCAUUGUGAUUGCACAAAGUGGUUAUAAUAACAUAGGCAUGUACAAUGUGAUUGUCUGUGUGUGCGUGUGCUACUGUCAGCCAUGUGUGUGUAGUCCACCUCUUGCACCUUUGUGCUAUAAUACUUGGAAUCCUCCGUAGUCUUAGGUUUGACCAUUGUUCCCUCGUAGUGCCUUACAGAUAUAACGACACAGUUUACUUCGCUGGAACCUUGAGAACCAACAGACUAGCUGGAACUGGUUCCUUUCUUUGACGUCUUAUUGUCAGGGAAGAUUUGAUUUCUCUUCCAGGUGUAGGCUUAGCCCCUAGCUCUGUGUCCUAUCCUUAUGACAGUAUACUACAGCCAUAAGAGGUUAGAGUUCAUAUUUAACUGACCUUUGGCUUUUUUGUAAAGUGUACAUGAGUUUAACUUGCCUGGGGUACUGAACCAAAGUCGUUAGAUCAAUCCUCUUUACAUUGUGUGCUGGAUAUACAUUUUUAUUUGUGUACAGUAUAACUGUAAGUCACCGUGGCGCACAUACAUACAAUGGCUUUAGUUUGAGAUGUGUUACUUUGUUUUUUAUAUCACACAAGGGAGUCGGUGCCCAGGAAUAAUAGAACAGAGAAGUAUCAGCACAAGGAUCCAAUUAGGGGUAAUGGAAAAAGCAAAAAUACAAGAAAGUGACUGUCAAAAACAUUUAUGUGAUGAGUUCAUUUGACACAUCAAUAGUCCAGAGUUCGAGAAAAAAUAGGAAUCUGAGGUUAACAGCUAAACCAGUAGAAAGGCCUGAUGGGAAGUGGUGGUUGCUAUGGCGGCAAUCCUCAGAAGGCCACCGAGAGAGAGCCUGGUUGUUUGCAGUAGGGAAGCAGAGUAUUGAGGACUGUUGAGAGGGGUUGCUGGGUAGGAGUAAGACCUGGGUUCAAAUACUAUUUGAAAUAUUUUAAAUAAUUCUAACGUUUGCUUUAGAAUGCCUGCAGUGCCAGAUGGGCGGCGUUUGCAGUUUUUCAACCAUUGCAUUGCGCCAGGCAAACUCAAUCAAGUACAGCUAAAGUAUUUGAAAUGAUUUUAAAUAGUAUUUAAACCCAGGUCUGGCAGGAGUGAGUGAGUGAGUGAGUGAGUGACUAGUAGAAAGCAUUUGGUUGGUCUGGGUAGGAACUGAGGAUGGCAGAGUGGUAGUGUGGCAUUCCUCAUGUAAAUGGGACUAAAAGAAUAGAAUGUUGGCAUGGAGCAGGUUGGUAGUAACAGUGACGGUGGGCAGGAGUUACAGGAGCACUGCAUGAAUGCACACCUAACUCUGAUACAAGUUGUUGUGGUUUUGUAAAGAUAAAUGGAAGUUAUUUAGUCAUUUCUGCCCUGAGGGUUGUGUAGCACCUCUCCGCAUAGAGAGAGACAUGAACGGAACAGAAAUGCUACUGCGUGCACCUGGAAGGGCUUACUAUCAAAUGGUCUUCAUUUGUUGACACUGUAUCCAUUUUGUCUUCGGAAUCAUGUGUUCACAGAUAGCAUACCACCAGAAAGGGAUACAUGAUAGUAAGAGAACUGAUUGGGCUGUUGCUUCUAUGUGUUUGCUGCUUAAUUUAAUAUCAGUUGUAUUUCUCGUAGCCAAUGAUAUAUGAUUACUAUGUUUGUUGUAGUGUCCUCAUGAAGUAGGCACAUCAGAAAUACUUGUGGUUUUAGUGAGAGCCUUCCCCCUUAUCCCUUCAUGUCAUGCCAUAGUACUUGCAUUUUAAGUGAUUAUUUUAUUUCUACGUUAUUAUUGAACUUUUUAAAUGGCUGUAGGUACAGUAUAAACUGUAUUGUGUUAUUUUACAGAUUGUUGCAAUAAUUCUCGUGGAUGUUUUUAUCAGUGAUUUGUUAUUAGGCUCAUUUCUAUGUUGAUUUGUAACUGGGAGUUGCUGUACAGUGAUGUUAUGUAUUCAUAAGGAGGGGUGUAUACCUGUGUACAGUGAUGUUAUGUAUUCAUAAGGAGGGGUGUAUACCUGUGUAAAGUGAUCAGGCACUGUUGACAAUAAUAAAGUUAUAAAGUUGACAAUAAUCUAUUUGGGCCCUUAUGGGUAGGUAGCUUAGACUUGAGUGUGUCAGAUCAAGGUUUGCUCACUAAACUAAACCUUAAACAACAACAUUUUGGUACUUCACCAAUAGGCCACCACACUCUCUCCAACUGGCUCCACCAUGCAAGCCUUGGGUUCCAGGCAGUCAAAGAUGUGAUGCGUAGCAUGUAUAGGUUGCUGGUUACAUCAUUUUCUUUCUGUUCUGUGGUGUAUCUUUGUUGGUACUUUUUUGUUGAUUUCCAUGAGGCCUGUGGGCCUAAGAACACAGAUAAGGGAGAUGCUUUUCCACAUAAGUGGUUGGCCCCUCCAUAAAGAGGCAGACUACUGAAACAUUCCACCAUAGGGAGAAUCUGGCAUCCAUAGUGCACACCCUACAGUCUCCAUAGCACUCUGAUCUGAUGACAUGUCAUUUUGGGACCUUUCUUUCUUCCCACCAAAGAAAUUCAACAUGUUGAUGAUGUACAGUACAAACACAAACAAUCCCCAUGUGGUCUGGCAAUAACUUCUGGUCUAAACAAGUACCUUUACAGCACGUUGAGUGUGCUUUGAGGGCUAUUGAUGGGUUUUAAGCAAAUGUUAGUGUGUGAGGUGUACAGAUAGUACAGUAAAACGGCAGUAUGGGCACAACACACACAUACACACUCAUAUAUGAAUGAUUCAAGUUGCCAUAAUAUCUUAAGCUAUUUGACUGCCAAUUGCAGUCCACCAUUCUCAAACAUCUAUGAUUUGAAAAAAAUAUGUUUUAGAUCUGUCACUCGUUACCCCCUAAAUGUUCCAUUACCCCCUAAUGUUCGUUACCCCCUAAAUGUUCCAAUGUUGAAUCUCAAAUUUCUCUCUGAAUUGUUUUACAUGUAAGUGUUUUUUACGUUGUCAAAGUUAUAUUUGAGCUUUAUUAAUGUUGUAAGCAGAUUCAUUUGUAAAAAAACAAAAACAUGUUAUACGUUAGUGCGCCAUGGAAUGACCUAUAGAGUGAAAUAAAGAAAACAAAAAAUACCUUUAAAAUAAUGGUCACUAGCACAAAAUGAAUGUAAUAUGUGACCUGCUUCAUCUGAAAUGCUUUAGAUAUUUCUGCUUGAGUGAUCAUUCAUUUAAGUAAAGAUUUGAUUUCUACAUUGGCGCUUGCACCGCCAGGGUUGUGGGUUAGAUUCCCGGGUCCACGCAUACGUAAAAAUGUAUGACUGGAAGUCGCUUUGGAUACAAGUGUCUGCUAAAUGGCAUAUGUUAUUAUUACAAAAGAAAUUGUUGCCAUGCAAGAUGCAAUAAGUCUGAUUCCAGCUAAAACAACUUGACUCAACAUAAAUUCAUAGAAAAAUGAAAAAUGUUUCUUCCAAUAUGGGGUUUUCAAAUAUUAUUUAUUUGAUUUCAUUAAAACAUUUUCCAGUAUAAUCUAUAUUUAGCAAUAUACGAGAAGCCCUUUUAACCCUACACUCAAUUUUGUUUCAAUGGACUUGCUAUAUUUUGAAUGAAAUAACAUUUUAAUGUGUAAAAUAUUUUAGCGUCGUACCACUUUGUUUAACGUGUUAUGUGUUUUAUGGAAAAUAUGAUUCAGAGUGUGAGCAUCAACGUAGAUCCUUACAAUUACCAAAAUGUGGUAUUCUUGUGCUAAUGAAGUUUGUUUACUUUGAACAUCAUCUCUCCCCUGCUACAGUAGCCAUUUCAAUGUUAGAAUAAUGCCUUACAAAUAACUAAGCUAUACCCUCAGAGCUUUAAGGUGUGGUUUCAAUUAAAGAGAGCUGUGUAAACGCGGUCUUUUGGUGAAGCCUGGUAUUUUUACAACUUUGUUGUUCUUGAAAUACUUGCGCUACACAAGAAGUGUUCAGCUUCCAACUUUUCCCAGAGUGUGAUUGCGAGUACUCUUUCUGGAUCCUUGUAUGAAAUAUUUUGAAACAUUUCUGAAGGCAUGGCAUACAUUGCCAGUUAGUCUUCUCAGGUCAAACCCCUCUGAAGUGACUUAAAUCAUUUUAACACCUUACCAGAAUAGAAUAAUCACACAACCUCUCCACCCCUUCGUGAGAGCUUUGCAAAGUACACUCUCCCAAAGAAGCAGGGAGGUAGGAAAAGUACUUGUUUUACAAUUAUUUAUUUUAUAUGCAUCACUGAAACUCUGUAAACUCAGUAAUAACACAUUUUUAAAGCCCUUCUGUAUGAGUAUUGAUGUGUCUGUGUUUGUAUGUUUGUCAAGGGAAUCACCCCCUUUUUUCACCCCCUUUAACCGUUUGAUGCCCCCUUUAAUGGAAUAGGUCAAGUGUUGUCAUUUGGCCAGUUUUUUUUAACAUGUACUUAAGAACCAACAUGUCAUAUUUUCUCCCCUCUUGCUAAAGAAGGCUCAUUUUCCGAUUAUGCACACAUUUUGAAACAAUUUGGUUUAGAAAAUGUAUUGUUUAGCUAUUUCUUGCCAGCUCAAACCGCAAAUGAGAAUUGUACUAAUGUCCUUGAGCGGAUGGGUUAUUGCCUAAUGAAUUCCCAUUGAUAAAUCCCAAUAUAAACCUUGCUUCUCCAUAGAUGACAGAGGGACAAGGGAUGAGAUAUAACAGUAAACUGCUGUAACUGUCAUACUGUACUGUAGUCAUUUUGCAGUAAUAUUGAUCCUGAUUUUGGUUUUGUACUUGAACAACUGCAUUCACAAAGAAAUGGGUAAAAAAAUGAUAUUUUUGUACAAAGUAUCAAAACCUAAGAAAGCAUCAAACCCUGUCCUUGUUGUGUGUCCAUUGCUGUAUGGUUUUUCAAUGGUGUUGAAAUCUCAUUGUUGUUCAGGCUAUUAUGUGCUGCAGUAUUUCCUAGUAUACUUUUUUGUUAAUUGUCUCUCUCAUUUACAUUUUUAUUUUUAAGAAGUGUGUUUGUUGUCUCCUUAAUAUCUGUUGAUAUAGCUUUCUAUGUACCAUAUUCCUUAAACUAAUAUUAUUGAGUAUGUUGUGAGAAUGGAUAUUUUACUGGCUUUAUAGAAUGUUUAAAGAAAUAUAAUAAUGAGAAUAAGAAGAAUGAUUAAUUGAACUCCUAAAGAGUUGAGUACUUGGCUACUAAGCGCUUGUGUUACCAUUAAGAUGUGUGCUUCUCUUAAUCAUUUUCGUUGUAGAAAAAUGGAGUGAAUUUAAAAUAAGCUUCAAAAAAACAAAUGAUAGCAUUGUACAUUUACAGGAGGAUUUUAAUCGACAACUUGGUCAUAGAAGAAAAUAGUGAUUUUAAUUGCCCUCUUUACUAACUGUAGGGUGAAGGGGCUGGCAUUGUGGUGAACUAUGUUCUAGCUUGUUAUUCACUGUUACUUUUGAUCAUUUCUUCGGUCUCCGAGGUGAAUCGAGUUAUUCAUGAGAAUUUGUAUGCUCACAUAUGCAUAUUGUAUAUGUGUAGAAAUGUAAUCACACUUUGUCUUGGAUUUACAUUAAACUGUUAAGUCACGGCACCAGUC